AUGAAUCAACAAUUUAGCGUAGAAUACUUGAGAAUCAAUCCUUAUCGUUACCGUAGAUUACCAUCACUUAAUGCCACAGGCAGUCAAAUUUUCAAGUACAGAGAGAGUUAUAGGUUAGUCUCUCUUAGGAAAUGAUUACCUCGAGAACUAAGAAGAAUUUAGUAAAACCGAAGUUGGUAUACAUGCUUAUUAUUCUCUAAGCAAGCUUUAUCACAUAAAAAAGAGGAUAGCAAGAAUUUCUAUCAUCAUUCUACUAUAUAUAAUGUAAGAGAGUUUAAGGAAUUGAGUAAAGUUUAAGAGUAAGUUUAUUUUCUUACUUUUAGCUAUCAAGAGAAUAAUCUCACUAAAUACAAUGAAUUGUAAACUAAAAUUAUGGUUGCUGAUUUCAAAAAAAAAGUAGAUGCAUUCCUAUCAAAAAAUAAUUAUAAAACCAAUAUGGUUGGUAGUAAAAUAACCUCAUCAUUACAUGAAUUGGAAUCUUUUCAAUCAACCAAUAAUGAAGAGCAGUUAAAUAAAUCUCUUUGUUCCAAUAAGUAUACUAUUCGUACUGAAUGUAAAUAGUAAUCCUAAUUAUUUUAGAUAAAUCAUUGAAAGCAACAGAGAUACUUGUUAUAAGUAAUAAUAAGGUUGUUUCUAGAUAAAUUAUAUCGAGUGAAUUAAUACAAUAGAGAUUACUAAAAUAAAUGGAGCAUUUUCUAAAAGAUGAUAGAUACAACUAUGAUUUAAAGUAUCCAUACAUAUGUAUAAAUAGGAUGAAAACAAUGAUUGAUUAAUAUGAAGAUAUUGUGAAGAGGAUUAAAUAAUAAGCAUAUACUGUUAAAAUUCCAUAGAGUUAUCAAAUUUAAAUGAGUGACUACAAUGAGUUUUAUUACAAAUAAGAAGAAUAAUAAAUUCCUUCCUUUAAUGUUAAAUUAGAUCUCUUGGCUGACUAAAUAAUAUAGGAGAUUUAGUAAUCAAGAGAAUCAACACCAUAAAUGUAAAGUCAAAUUAAUGAAGUGUAACAAGAAGAGAUUUCCCCCUAUAUUGAUAUAGUAGUUAAAACAGAACCUAUAUGUAUAAAAGAGGAAGAGUCUCCAAAUUAAGUUGAUUGGACAAAUGAUUAAGUACGUGAAAGAAAAAUAUCACAAAGAAAAGUAAAACCAAGAAAAAAAUAAUAAUAAUAAUAAUAAUAAUAAAAUGAAUAAAUAUUAGAUAUUAAUAAUCCUAAAUCUUAAUAAUCUAGUUAAUCAGAAUUAUCAGAUGUGUCCUAUACUCAAUAAUUUCAUCCUAAAAAAGAAAUUAGAGAAAAAAAGAAUAGUUAAUAAAAUACUUAACCCAUAUAAUAAAUUCAUAUAGAUAUUGUACCUGAUCAUCACCAGUAAGUUGAAGUAAUUCAAAAUCAACACUAUUUAUAGAAUACAAAUAAAAAACAUUUAAAUAUUGAUAAACAUAAAACCAAGGUUCAUUCAAGAAAAGUCACAGGAGAUACUGUUUAAUAAAGAUAAACUCAUAUUCAUUUAGAAAUUCCAAAAGAAUAAAUUUUAGACACUCUAAGUGAAAGGUCUCACGAUGAAACCUAACAAUUAGAAGAAAUCUAACCUAAAAUCUAAGAAUAAAUAAAAUAAGAAUUGGAAAUUUAAUAAACUGAAAAAUAAGAGAUUGAAUAAUAAGUUAUUGAAGUUCAAAAUGUUUAAGAAAUAGAAAAAUAAGAAUUAGAUUCUAUCUAAAAUUAAUAAUUUAUUAAACCUGUAUCAAUCAAUAAACAGUUACACAAUUCUGAAUAAAGAGAUGCUGUAGAAAUCUGGGAGGAUACUAAAUCUACAGUUAUAAAAAUAAAUCCAAAAAUUAAACCAGCUUUAUAAGAAAACAAAAAAAAUGAAUAGUUAUAAAAAGAAGAUAAUCACUCUAAUUAAUAAUUUAUAGAAAAUAAUAAUUUAAUUUCAAGAAAAUCUUCAGAGAAUUAAGAACAAUAAUAAAUUUAACAAGAAAUUGUUAAUUAAAAUACAUUAUAACUUAAUCCUCCUCUGAAUAUUAUAGAACCUAAAGAAAUAAAGUAGGAAUCUUAAACUAAAUAAUUACAAUAAGAAAAUAAAACAACUAUUAAAAAUUAAGUUGAAUCAUAAAUAUAAACAAAUUCUAUUAAAAUAAAAGAAGGAAAUGUGACAUAAAAAAUAAAAGAAGAAGAUUUUAAUAAAAUAGAUUACGAAUAAAUUAUCAAUGAAAAAAUGAAAUUAAUUGAACAAAAACUGUAAUAACCAUGUCUUGAUAUCAUUGAUAUAUUAUUAGCUUCGGAUAUAGUAUAUAAUGUAAGCAUUGAUAAAUAUAAAAUUUCCAAAUCCUACAAAAAGAAAGUUAAUCAUCCAACAUUUAUGUUUCAAUAAAAAGAUGAAGAAGAAGUCUUUGUUCAUUAGUAAAUUCUAAAAUUUAUUUAGGGUUAUUUGGAAACAUGAAGUAUAAGAAGUAAUACCAAAAAUGUAAAAUUUAAAUAAACAUUUGGAGGUCAUAAUAGAUGAAAAUGAUGACCUCGGAAGAAAUAGUUUGUAAAAUAUAGAAUAAUUAAAUGAAGAAUCUGAUAACUGA